AGCGGCACUCCUUAGGCAAUACCUCCCCUACUUUCUGUUCACAUUCCAGAAUCCCGACUAGAGAGCAUUGGUUCGAGAGAUAGGUUGCCAGUCCUGAAGCACGGUAGUUUUGAGGAAAUAUCAGAGUUGUGAGAGAGAUACAGAGCUUUCGCUGUUGCUGUUUUCGAUUUGCUUCGAUUUUAUUUUCUUGUCAUACAUACCACGUUGAUUUGUGUGAGGUUUUCAUUAUUAAGCUGAAUAGUGUUUAUACAUCACGAUCAUUGGUUUGGAGCCCGUUAUUUGAAGCUGUAACAAAGGCACGUCUACUUUUUUGCGGUGUUUUUUUUUGAAGCCCAAACUUUUGAAAUCCGAAUUUUCCUUAUUUCUAGCUGUCCACCAACUUGCUGUAGUCGGACCGAGGGUCAGUUUCUACUUGUUGCCGGCGCGUAGCAAGUAGAAUGUCCCCGUCCGCCAGUAGCAGCAGUAGAGAUGUGAUAGAACGCAGGAAUACCAGGAUAGAAGAAGCAGCAGGCCCUGAUCAGGAGCUUGAUCAAGAAAAGAAUGUUGCACAUGAAGGACUAGUAAACCAAGCAGGUGCCUUGUCAUCUCGUACUGCCAGCAGCCAGCAUGGGCAGCUUGUCAAGCCACGCUUCGUUACCAGGUGCGGCGUCGGGUCUACGCCUAGCGGGCCCGUGCCCCUGGGAAGAAGCGAUGGCAAACAGCGGCCAGCCUGCAGUACUGCAGAAAGCAGAGCAGUAGAAGAGUGCAAGAACAUGAUGAAAUCUAUAAGGACGGAGAAAAUAUUAAGGCCAAGUGCACCAGAGCAGACGAUGAAGGAAGAGCAUCAAACAACAUUCGAUCAGGGCACACGGCACAGCCGUAGUACAAAAAGCUCGCUCCCUCAGCGCGCAGGAAUAAUAGCAGAAGCCAGUCUGCGGCCUGUCCAACAGUGUUUCAGGAGGCGUAAAACAGGAACCAUGUCAACAGCAAGAGUAGUUUCCAGUGCGAGGUACGGCUCGAAUAUGUCGCCGUUGCGGUUGCUGGAAGUGCUGUGCUGCGUGAUAUACUACCUCGGGUUCGUCUUUUCCUCGCUGGGUCCUCACCUGUCGAUCCCCGUCGUUCACGCCUUCGAUAUCGUGACGGUGUCGCACAAGAAACAGGAGAUCAUAAUUAACCUGCAGGCCACGUGUCCCUGCGACACCGAGGAGCUUCCCUGUUUCGAUGCCACCGCACUGGAGGGCGAGCAACAGUGUAAGGCGCCGAUCUUCACGGCCACCGAGGUGGCGCAGGCGGCCGCGAACGGACAGACGCUGCUCCGGUGCGGGACCCUGGUGGACUGCAUCGAGGUGAAGCUGGUCACCGAAACGCAGCAGCAACAGUUGGUGCCCCGACAGCUGCUGGAGCGGUCGCGGCUGUCGCAGUUCAAGGACGAGACCGCGCCGGUGAACGACGCGUACGGCAUCCCCACCACACAGAAAAACACCAUUGUCUACAGUCGGUGGACCUACAUCGGCUGCUUCUCCGCGCAGGACGUGACCGCGGACGCGCGGGGCACCCCGCCCGCGCAGGCCUACGAUCCCAACGCGUGCAUCGACGUGUGCACCGGUCCCGGGGGACUCAAGCGGUCCGAGUACUACGAGCAGCAGCGCACCGUGAUCAUCGGCAUCUCCGGGCUCAGCUGCGCCUGCGUGAUGGACAAUUUGCGGCAGUUCAUCGCGGCCCCCGGGCAGUGCGACAUUCCCUGUCUGCCCUCCUUCAGCAACCCGCUGUGCGGCGGCGAGGGCGACACCACCUCGGACUACUGGGGGCUGUUCAUGGAGUACGAGUACCAGUCCUACGGCUCCAGCGGCGCCUACGACGUGUGGCGCUACCUCUGGUACACCGUCGUGGUCAUCAAGGACUCCACGCUGGCCACCGGGGGCGGCCAAGCCAUCAGUUCCGCGGUCGUCAUCAACCCGGAGCGCUACUACCUGCACUGCACCAACGAGGAGGGGCUCGCGGUCUUCCAGAAUCAACUGGAAAUCGUGGACACCAACCGCGACGAGUACCUGCUCUACGGCCUCUCCUACGACAUCACCGGCUCCAGGCUCAUCUGUAUAGUUUGCUUCUUUUGCUAAUGCCAUUGAGAUUGAUCAUGUUCUUCGUUUGGUUUGUAAAAUUGAUUAGAACACGUACACGAAAAUGUUGCUGAUCGUCCGUUUUUUUGCGAAAACAUACGAAAAAUUUGUACGACAUGAAUCCAAACCUUUACAGCCCUGGCGGUGGAUGCGUCAACGGGGCGCACGCCGGUGGUGACGCAGAACGCCGACGACAAGUGGGCGUACAAGGUGAUGGCCAUCGAGAUCGAUGAGCGCGACCCCAUGUACCCGAAGCUGACGCUGAACGUGAAGGAUCUGAACGACGAGGACUUGCAGUCCAUUCCCGGGCUCUAUAAGUCUUCCUCCGUGGCGCAGGACAACUGGGUUUUCACGGGCGCCAGCACCAUCAUCUCGAAGUCCGACUUCCGUUCCUUCGCGGUGACCGCCGUGGAGAAGUCGGACACUCGCGUGGACCGGUUUUUCCUCUUUCACCUGCUGGACGAGGAGGUGAUCCGGGACGGGCUGACCUACAAGGAGUUGUCCCGCGUGAAGCUGAUCCACCAACAGAACCUGGGGUUCAAGGCGCUGCAGAUCUUCGGGGACACCCGCCAGGGCACGAUCUCCGCGCUGGGCCCGAUCAACGGGGCCAUGAUGUACGUGGUGCUGGGGUACCUGUUCAAGGACCCCCGGGGCAACGCGCAGUGGCACAGCUACUACGACGAGUCCAACCCAGCCACGGGCCGCUACUGGGCGCAGCAGGAGAUCGCCACCUUCCACGUCUACCCCGGCGGCGGGACCAGUGCGCCGCGGAACACCACCUUCAUCUCCUACCGGAACUACCCGGAGUCAGUGGCGGCGCCGCGACCGCGGCUGGAGACGGCCUACUCGGUCAUGCAGAUCAACAUGGCCAACGGGUACACGGAGAAGUGGUGUCAGGUGGAGUCCUGCGAGAUCGGCGACACGCACCGUUCCAUCGAUCCGGACGUGCCCUACGCAAACCUGUUCAACGCGGAGGCCGGGUUCCCGCUCAGUCUGUCGGCGCCGAAGGUGGUGCACGCGCGGUUCACCAUCGAGGGUCUGUUCCUGAAAAUCGUGUGGAACAUGGAGACCACGCGGGGUGGGAUUCCGAUCGACACGGACGGAGAUCGCCUGCCCGACCGAAUCGAACAGAGCAAGGACCGCAGCGGUACAGAUGUCGUGUUUUGGACAGCGUGCUAGAACAACUGGGCAUCAUUCAACAAAUUCGUUUUGGAUAGGAAAAUUUUGCAUGCGUAGUCUUUUUUUGAUGUGUUGAUGGAUGCUAGCUAAGUUUUUGCUCGUGCCACGUGUGACUAGAAAAGAAACGCACAUGUGAUGAUGUAUGUUCCACAAAAACUUUGAAAACAGGUGGUGCAAAGUUUGAUUGCGCGGAGCUGUUGUCGCAGGAGACCGUCGCUCUGAUCGGCGAAUACCCCUCCACCUCUUGCACCUGGAAGGAUGACACGAGCGCGGGCGAAACGCUGGAGGUCGAGUUCGGUACGGAGUACACACUGAAACUGGGGGACGAGAUCUCCGUGCUUGCCAACAAGGUAUUUGCCAAGCCCAUUUGCAGCACUCCGGGUGACUACAGCACCUGCGAGUUCUCCCCGGCCGCGGUCGGUGAGGGUGCCAUCGUGUCGCUGCCCGACCCGCUGCUGCCGCCCAUCGUGGUGGUGGAGCCCACCGACGGUACGUUCUCCAUCGAUGAGUGUAGUUCCAUCGAACUGCGAGCAGAUGAGACCAAGCGAACAGGUGGUACAGCGGAGUACUUGUGGGAGCUCGACGCAAGUGACGGCGUUCCAUACACGAGUUUGAACACGGUACUUUUUUCGUACAAGUAGCGCAAAUAGUUUUUGAUUUUGCUAUAGUCACGACAGGCCGCAAUUACAAUUAGAAAUUGUAUCCUCUGUGGUUCGAGUUCGAGUACCGGUUGUUUCUCUUUCCUGUUGCAACAGCUCCAAGAAAACAUCACCGCAACCAUGAAUCGAAAAACACCAGGUUUCGACGGCGAUGAACCAGACACAGUACUCGAUUUUGCAGUCCACGCUGGCGAACGAGCAGACGGGUAAGCUGUUCAUUUGCGUGGAGUGCAUGCCGCAGGGGUUUCGGUACAAGAUGAAGGUGACCGUGACGUCCCGGUGGGGCUACUCGUCCACGCUGUCCUUCGUGGUGGAGAAGGCGGACUACCCCGCGCCCACCAUCCGGACCGGGUCGUGGUCCUCGCCGACCAUCCGCACCACGUCGCAGGCGCUGCGCAUCGAGACCGAGAUCCGGCAGAGUAGUUGCGCCGUGGGGAACCAGCAACUCGCGUGCGAGUGGAGCUGCGCGACCCACAACCCGGACUUUACGACCUCCGGCCCCACGGCGUCCCUGCCCUGCGACAACAGCCUCUUCAACGCGGAGAAGCUGCAGUUCCCGGUGCAGGGCCAGGUGUUGGUGAUCCCCAGGUACACUUUAACCCCGCCGGUCUAUUCGGCGGACGACAUGGCGGCGGGGAUUACGAAAUACCACGAGUACACGUUCCAGAUCCUGUGCGUGGUGGUCCAGUCCGCGACGGACGUGAUCCAAGCCGGCGACGCGGCCCAGGCCAGCGCGCAGAACGCCGCCGAGAACGUGAUCAUCCGCGUGGAGCGGUCCAACGUGAAGGCGAUUCUGUUCCCGGCGGGCACGGAGUUCCCGCAGAAGGCGACCACGAUGGCGUUGAACGCGCGGUUCACCAUGGACCCGGACAUGGAGGAGGUGUACGCCUGUCUGCUGAACCCCGGUUCCCUGGCUUGCGACACCUAUCCUAUGUAAAAACGUCCCCACCCCAUAGUUGUCAUGCAAAUCUGCAUGCUCGGAAUGUUUCUCAUGCGGAGCCCCAUGACAAGCGUUUUCUAGUCGUAUUUUGGAAUUUGUAAUGCUCCAAUCCGCAUGGUAGGCUAGAUCUGUAAUGCUGCUGAACAAGCUAUACAGGACCACACUACGAGGACAAAUUUGUCAUGCGAAACAACAAAAGCUGGUUGAUUUGUGUAGCAGAUUCCCCAUCUUGACUCUGGUGUAGGGACGCUUUUAAUCAGGAUACCACCAUCCCCAUGUUCGAGGGCGACUUCACCUUCCGGUGCUGGAAGGUGACGCCGGUGGUGCAGGGCGCUGGCGACGAGGCCGCGGGCGUGGUCGAGUGCGCCGGCGGGGUCUACGUGCUGCGGGACGUGAACUCCGUCUGCCCGGCCGGCUUCGAAGUGCCGGACGCGCAGGGUUGCGAGGAGGCAGCCACGCAGUGCGGAUCGAGCUGGAACGGCUUCGACGCCAACUCGCCCGCAGAGUUGACGGGCUGCUUCCAGCGCACCGUGGAAAAUGAUGUGCAGUUCAACUCCUUCACGCCGAACGCGCUCGUCGACGGGGCGGCAGACAGAAAGCCAAUCUGUCUGAAUGGUAUUAAUUCAAAUUUUGAUUAUAUUGGUUGUUUGCGCACGAUUUUUGAUCGUUAAAUGGUUUGGGGAAAGUCCUCUGAAGCGCGAAUUGGUAUUCUGAUUUAGUGAUUGUAUACCCAGGGUGGACCACCUUAGCAAGAACAUUAUGUUUAUGCUGGCAAUUAAAAACUUCAGAUGCUGUCUUGACCUCUGCAACCGCGACCACGACGAUGCUGGGUACCACCGAGUCCACUUCCACCGGAACUAUGAUGUCCCCAUGCUUCACGUUGGGACUCGGGCCGGGGGGCAACCCGAACUUUCUCUACCAGGUGCUGACCAGCGGCGAAAUCGACAACUGGAAGCUGCGAAACUACGACCCAACUGAGGUGUGUACGCGUCGCGGCGGGGAGGACAUCCCGCCGCUGGACAUCGGGUACAACGUUCAGAUAGACCAGGUGUCCUUCACGCAGGGCGACCCCACGGCGACACCGCCCGUGUUGCCGCAGAGUUACUGCUACUACGAGGAGGGGUUGCUGCUGGUAGAAACCAACAAGAUGGAGCUCUCGCGCAACGAGCAGUUCUACACCUUCCAGGUCGAAGCGCGGCACGACGACGGACGCACGGCCACGGACAGUGCCGACGUCUACAUCGUGGAUCGGUUGGUCUUGCAGGUCUUCCUGAAAGAGAUCCGCAACGACCCGGAUCUAGCGCAGUUGCCCUUGACCUCGGUCUACCAGGAUGUCACGCUGGAGGGUAGUAUCUCCAAGGACCCGAACUUCGACGGCGCAAACUACUACUACCGCUGGGAGAUCUACAAGAAGCAGAGUGGCGGGAAUGAGUAUUGAAGUUUGAUCUAUCAUGGAUCGAUUUGAUGCUACAUGGUACUUGUGAUAUGCAGAUGCACGUUCUGCCGCGUGAUUUGCAUUUGCUGUUGCAGUCAGUUCGAAUUCAAUCACUCAAUUUUUCUGUUUUUCUUUCGUAUCAGGUUUGUGACGGAGUGGAAGAACGAGACGGAUAGUUUCACCUGGACGGACAAGGCCAUCAUUGAGUGGGAUGUCGAGAAAACGUCGCGCAUUACGUUUCACUUGGAUCCCAACUCGUUCGAGGUGCCACUGUCCACCCAGCUGCAGCGGUCCACCGAGUACAAGAUCAUGCUGCACGUGACGGCGAUCGUGCUUUCCGGGCAGUACGAGGGCACGUACUUUGGCAAGGCGCAAAAGAUCGUGCGCACCGCUCCCGGGCCCCCGAUUCGUGGUGGGUUCGUGAUAAAACCGGACUUCUACACGUUUCCCGACGACCUACUAGCGAAUCCACAGACCAAUUUCGCGUUCGACGCGCCGCAGUGGCGCGCGGACUCGUCGUUAUCGGGGGGCACGGCGGACUCGGAGCUGACCUAUUCCUUCGGGUUCACGCCGGUGUCGGCCACCGGACAGGCGUCGGCCACGGUGUGGCAAGUCGAGGGGCAGUCGUCCACGCACUUCGAGAUCCCCGCGAACAAGAUCACGUACGACGGGCAGGAGACGCUGAUCGCCAACCUGAAGGUCUGCACUGUCUACAAGGUUUGCGCGUCCACGGACGUCACCAUGAACAUGAACUUCAACGAGCAGGCGACCUACGAGGAGAUCCGCACGGCUCUGCUCCCGGAAGAGACGGACCCGCAGCAGAUGAUCGCGGCGCAGACCACCGUGGAGGGGAUCCGCACCCGGCUCACCACGCAGCAGUACGACUCGCUGCAGAGUGACUUCCGGAACUCGGUGAAACUGUUCAACUACGCCGAGAUGGACACCGCGGACCUGGGGUCGGCGCUGCAGGCUUUGGCUUCGGCCACCUCGUCCAUUUCGGACCUGGCGGACCCCACGGCGAAGAACUCCGAGAAUUCGGACCUGUUGGACGCCACGGGCGCGGCGCUGGACAGUUUCGUCGGAAACCCGUCGCCGGAUAUGGCCAACGCGCUCGUCAACACCAUGUCCAACAUGUACGCGGCGACCGGCGGUCAGGGCGCGGCCGCCGGGGUGGGGCGAAGGUAAAUAUUGCAUUUGCACAUCCCUGCGACCUGUAGUUUUCUUGCACGCGGUUUCAUUGCUGCAUGUAUUUUACAUGGUCUCCUGAAUUUAAGAUUUGCAGCGUUUACGUGUUUGUGCAGGACAGAGAAUAAAAUUCAAAGUCUUUUCAUCACAUCACAACACAGGCUCGAGGUUAUCGAAAUGCUGUCGGAAUACGAGGACGAAUAUGGUGAGGACUUACUUGAGACACUCGAGAAGCACGAGUCCUUUCCGCACGUCGCCUCGGCGGAGAAGGAUCUCGGCAAGCAGAAGCUGCUGGAGGCGACCGAGGACUUGAAGAAGGCGUCGCCGGAAGCCUUGCGCAAACUGCACGAGGAGUUGGCGCAGGUCCUCACUCCGGAGGAGCUCACCAUGGUGUUCGCAGGCACGCAGAACGACCGGGGCGUCCAGAUUGGCUUCAGCAGCGACGGCGAGGAGCUGCGCCAGAUCGGGCACGACGCGCUGCAGGCGAACGAGUUCAAGAUGCACCCGGGCAGCUCGCUGGAGAGCCGCGUGGAGCACGGUCCCUCGGUCGGGUCCAGCACGCGACGGGCACUCUCCGCGCAGGGGCACGACAUCGUGAAGCGCAUCAGCGAGCAGUACGGGCGGCGGUUCUCGCGGCGCGAGUUCGAGAAGAGGUUGCGCAUUCUGCGGGAACUGGAUUCCCUCGGCUACCACAUUCCGGUGCAGGUGUCCGACGGCGUGUCCACCAAGAGCGACAUCUGGAAGAAGUUCCGGAACCCCGUCCCCACAGUGUUGGACGACCGUGGCCUGCCCAAGUACCUCGUGUCUACGGCGCAGAUGCGGGCGCUCGAGGCCAAGGAGCAGGUGCGGGGCGAGUUCGGCUCCUCGCUGGUGCAGCACCGGCCGCGGCGGGCGCCGGGGCACAACCACGAGCAGCCGGGUCCGCGCGACCUGUACCUCCACAUGCCGCGGGGCAAGAAGUGCGACUUCUGUGGCGUCUAUCGAACGCCGCUGCCGCUGAAGGACGACGACGGCAAGUUCGAGCCGUACGGGAAAUACGAGGAAAGCGACAUGAAAUACCUGCUCGAGCGAGACAAUCCUGACGGUUCCAAGCGGCCUUUCACGCUGGUCUGGAACCGCACCGCGAGCGUGUACCAGGUCGUGGAGGUGAGGCGGCGCAGGAUCAUCGCACAGACAGUCAACACGGGCAUGAUGACGGAAGCUCUGGCGGGCACCUCCUACCAGACCGGUGGGGCACCUUCAUCGCGAAGACUCGGAGAGACGGGCGAGCAACCAACCGGCACGGCCGUGUCGCUGUUCGGCCACAAGGCGGACGAGGAAAACCGACGAAAGCUGUCCAUGGCAGUCGGCGGUCCACUUCUGUUGCGCAACCCAGAGGCCCUGCAGUGGAAUCCGGAGAGUCUGAAGGUCCGGCCGGUGCCGCAAGUGAUCCACGACUGCGAGUCUUCCUUCUGCGAUAACCUCGGUCUGCUGUGCCUGACCCGCUCCCUCCGCGCUCGCAUGGUAGGCGGGCCGGUCUGGGGCCGGGAACGCACGCGGUGGCAGUGCUGUGCGGAGAAGAACCCGCAUACACUGUGCAACAAGCCGCCCUGCUGGCACGAGCAGCGGUGUCCGCGCUCCUCCGAGGAGAUGCGGCGGGAGCUGGAGCUGAAGCAGAAGCGCGACCUGCGCAAUCUCCGGGGCGAGAUGGCGGCGGCGCGCUCCCGGCGCUCCACCGGGAACAGCAUUUCGGACAUGUUCGCCGGCUCCCUCGGCGCCACCAGCUCCGCCGAGAAGCACCGCGCCAAGGAAAAGCGCAUGCGGCGGCUGGAGGAGGCGAUGCUGAAGGAGCAGCAGGAGGUUUUGGACGACAGCGCAGUCGCAAAAAGCACAAACUGGUUCACGCGCUGGAUGGAGGACGAACACCGCCGGAACACCACGGUCGGACGCAUGUGGAAGCGGCUCAACUUCACCGAAGCCAACUCCCCGUUCUCUUUCGCGGACCGCGCGCGCGCCUACGAGCUGUACAGCGAGAGUGAGUCGCGGCGCCUGCAGAUGGCGACCAACCUGCAGGCGGACAUGACCAUGAGCCAGCUGCAGACCAUCGCCUUCGUGGAGAAGUUGGAGCUGCCGCUCCUCGCCGAAGCCAGGAGACAGAAGCUGUCGCGGGACAUCUCCAUGCAGUCCGCGUCGCUGAUCGACGCGAAGCAGGAGAUCGAGUACAACUCGCUCGAACCCACGCAGGCCGCCAGCAUGCGGGAGAACGACAUCCAGCGGAUCGAGGCCGAGCGGCGGGUCAACAUGGACACGCGGCGGAACAUCUCCCAGGCGCUCACGCGGCUGUCGAUUUACCGCGACCGCCUGGUCCGGGCCAUGAUCCCGGGUUUGGUCACCAACGCGCGAACGCCGCUGCAGUUCGACACGCCGAUGUUCAUGAUGGACGUGGGGAAGGUGACGAACAUGAGCGACGUGACCACCGCGUUCGUGUUCCCCUCCGAGUUCAUCGUGCCCUCGGACGCGCCGGACGAACCCACGUCGACGAACAACCAGACGGCGCUCGCCUUCCAGUUCGUGCAGUACAAGGAGAACAUCUACUACUGGAGUCCCUCCAACCCGAGCAACCAGCAGUCCGCGGUGAUCACACUGCUGAUGUUCUACGCGAACGCGCAGCAGUAUGGGAGCGUCAGGUUUGAAAUCGACAAAGUUGAAAUGAUUUGUCAUGCAUAAAAUGCAUACCAGUUGGAAACCCAAUUUCUAAGCGGCGCAUGACAAAUUUUCCGAGCACCGAAAUCCAAUUUGUCAUGCUGUUUGGACACAGACGACUGCUUUUGUCAUGCUCCUUUAGCAGCUCUACUUCAAACCCUAAACAGGCUGACACGCGGCCUCACUUGCCAUCCCGGCAAGACAGGCACUUCAUGCCUUGCAUUUUAUGCAUGACAAAUCCGUAGCCAUUUUGGCUCAAGAAGCUAGCAUCUGUCUAUAGUCAAAAUAAGAACUCUGACCCAAAGCAGAAAACAAAAUAAUGUGGUCGGUCGCGCCCGGUGCCAACGAGGACACCACUCGCGUAGGAGCCGCCCUGGAGGCUCUCCGCAACGAUGUCGCGCACUUACAAAAACGGACCCGCGUAGCGAUAAGGUGCCCCGACGUGUUCCACGAGGGGCAAAUGCAGAGAAACACCAACGUCACAAACAAGGCAGAAAUCCUAAGGCAGCUGUCUACAGUAAUGGGUCGCGCAUCAAUGGGCAAGUGCCAAGAUGGUGGCUCGUGGUCGCGAGAGCAGACCGACUUCUUCCGAACCCAGACGGAAGCCGUGGCGGAGUUGUUCACCGAAAUCGCGCAGGCGCCGAUGACCGUGCAGCACAUCCGCAUGACAGGGAACAAUUGGGGCGAAAUCCAGAUGGCACCGACUUCCGCCCUGCAGAACCUGCUUGAUUACGCCAUCAUAGAGUCCCUCAACGUAACUGGCAAGUUCAACAGUCCAGAAAUUCACAUCAGAAUGCCUAGGGCGCCGACCAAGAACGGCAAGGGCAAGGGAAAGGGAAAAAUCUCCAACAGCAGCGACAACCCAAACCAUCUGCCAGUUGGAGGGAUCAAAGGAGCAGGAGCAGUGGUGCUAACGAGCCGCAGCGAAGUUGCAGCAAGAUCGGGGAUGAGGUCUAGGCGCCGCCAGUCGCGCAGCAGACGUCGGGAGUCUCGCAGCCGCCGGAAGUCGCGCAUCCGGCAUGCCCACCGCCACAGCCGUCGCUCCGGCAGCCGCGGUCGCAAAUCUUCUUCAGCAAACAAGCAGUCAGACGACAGAGUCUUGCAGGACAAGGAGCGCAACAAGGAGCGCAGCUCAGCCAACGGCGGGGAAGCCCGGGCACAAGAUCAGCAUCAGAAUAAGCGGGUCGCAAGCGCGUCUCGAUCACAUGGAGAAGGAGCGGGGGCAGCAAAAAAGCAGAGGGUCCACAAGUCGCCGCGCGGCGAGUCCGGCGUCCAAGAAGAGGAAGGGGACGUCGGCGGCAGAAAAUCCCUACCGCAAACUGGAGCCGAGAACGGCGGCCCCGGUACCGCAAUCACAUUAGCCGAGCUACAAUCAGCCCUGGACAAUGCAGGCCUGGCCGACGAAAAACUGGCGACCAACGUGCGGAACUUAUUUAGCAAAGCAGACCAGAGUAAGUCGCCGGCGCUUUGCGAAGCCCUGCAGCACUACGCGACAGAGGUCGACGGUGGCGACGCGAACCAGCCCCAGAAGCCCAGAACUGCAGCCGAGAGACAGGUCCUGAGGAAAUGCGUAGAACAAGCAAUCAAAAGUUACGGAGCCGCCCCUCCAAGCCACGCCCCCACCCCGUCACAGCUGAUAAUGCCUCCGCCGCGGUUCCCGCCGCCCCGACGCGAGAUUCCCCCGGCCGCUAAGGAGACAGGCCAGCAUCAAGCCGUCUCGGGCGAGAACAAUUCCGCGUCGAGCGAAGCCGCAAAACAAGCUACCACAUCAAGCGGAGGCGCAAGCGACAUUCAGGCCGCCGCCGAAGGCCCUGCAGCGGUGUCGCCCGUUAUCGUGUUGCCGACCACAAGCGAGGAGGAAUCCUCCUCGGAAUGCACGGACUCUUCGUCGCAAGCAGUGCCCACCGGCGCCGAAGCAGCUGCUGGCGCGAAAGAAUCUCCGGCUGCAUCGGAGGAAACGCGCCUGAAACCCGAAGCGGACCUCGCAGAAAAUCCGACCGACGAGCAAAAAGGGCGUCGAAGCGCCGGGCCAGCGGCGGAGAAACGGGAAAGCCCCCGAGCGGCGGAACUGGACGUGCAGGCGGAGUAUCUGUUCAUAGAGAAUUCCGAACUCGAAGGGAGAAUCACCAAAACGGUUGCGGUGUUCGACCACAGUAACCAAAUCUGGAGAUACAUAACCGACGAGGCUAGCGUGCGCAAAACCGAAGCCGCCCAGAAGCCGGGGCUUCGGAUCGUCAAGAUGGCCCCGGAGGAGUACAUAGCGUCUCGCCGCAAGGAGAUGCAGGAGGCCGCCGCACCAACCCAAACCAGUGGCGCCGCCAGCCCGUAUACGUCGCUCCGCCGGGCUGCAGGGUACCAAGCCCCGCCGUCCCGCGCCCGCACCCAGGUUGGCGGCCUCGAUGAUAAAGAGGGAGCGCGCACCCAGGUAGACGACCAGCGACGGGGCUCCCAUGAUCGGCGCCGCCGCACAAGCAACCAAGGGCGCGGCCGCCGCCGCCCCGACAGCCGAUCUCCCCGCCGACGUUGCAGCAUCAAGGCGUCGCGCGGCCGACCGGAGUCGAGACCACGUCGUCCGGGCAACCGCUCCCCGACUGCCCGCCGCCGGGAGUCAAAGCCGCGUCGUCGCCACCGCUCUUCCAGAUCCCGGUCCCACCGCCGGGGCCGCAGCAAUGCAGGGCGCCGGAGGCGCACCCAGUCCCCGAGAACCUCCAGUGCGAGAGCAGACAGUCGCCGACGCCCGGGAAGGCGAGAGAAGUAAGCGGCCCAGCGGACAGGGGAAUGAUAGAGCCGAAGUGAAGCUACCGAAGUGUUGCCGGAUGAUGAGGCCGAAGUGCCACCGAAAGAAGCAGAUCGCAUUAGAGCUUCAAGUUUUCCUCGGACACAAAAAUCAAUCUCUCUGCUGCAAAUCAAAGUAGUGUCCGAAGGAAAUCAAAAUCGGUUGAUGAAACUGCAAGCACUACGAUCGCCAAAUGAAGAGGAUCUGCUUCCUCUACAAUGAGCGACCCGAAUCGCUCUCGGAAAAUGCGCGGUCGUCAUCUCGAAAAGUGAACCUCUUAACAGAAUGAUACGGUCGUCAUCUCGGAAUAUGAUCCUUGCAACAGAGUAAUCAAAUGCUGAAAGUUCUGCCAAAUGAAGAGCAUAUUCCGCGGAAUGCAUCGAGCUGCGAUAAGCUGCCGUUCAUUAUACUCGAGGAAUAAAUGUGCUCAGACACGGAAGAAGAGCUCCAAGGGGCAGCAUCCUUCCCGAUACUUCGCAUGCCUGAAAUAAAUACAGACACAGGGAAGAGGAACUCAGUAAGUCGCAAGCCCGAGCUUGUCAUGCGUAGUUGAAGUGCCAGCUCGUGUCAUGCUAAGGGUAGUAUCGCUCAUUACUAUUGCAACGCGGAAAGCCAGCUCGUGCCAAGCUAAGGCCAAGGGUAGUGUCGCUCACUAGUACUGCAACGCGGCAAAACCGGACCGACGUGUUCUCGAGCGCUGGAGCUAUCUACCGUUCCCCUGAGCGUCCAUAAGACGGUAAAAGCUGCGGCGAAGGUCGUGUUUGUCUUCAGACACGACGGCACGCGGGUCCAAACAGGAAAAAUUCUUCUAGAACAGAGGGAAAAAUCCAAUUUCAGGUCGUCCCUGGAGACGAACAGGCGGGAACUACGGGUAGCGCGCCAGCGACAGACCCCGGGCUCCGGAAUGAUCUAAACUGCGGCCCCGGCCCUUCCCGGCGGAGAGGGUUAAGAAACAGGGCGACGAGACGACCGGCCUCCUGCUAGCAGCCGCCCGCCACAUCACGCGAAGCAUCUACACGCGAAGCAGCGCCGCUUUCGUGUAGUGAGAAGAACCCGCCUGCCAGGCUUAAUCACGGUGACCUAAAUUCCACGACAAGGAAUCCGUGCCCGGGCGAUCGCAGAUGGCUACUGUUCGCGGCCGAAUGGUGGCAAGGCUAGAGGACCUCGCGCCGAUCCUGGAGCACCCGGCCGUCCCUGCUCCUAAUGCCCAACCUGAUCAGCCUCCAGCACCACCGCUUCCAGGGCCAGCGCGGGAGCCGGUCCCAGCCGAAGACGCGGCGACAGUACAGCCGAAGCACGCGUUCAUCCUCAGAGCGGCUCUGGAGCCAGCCGGCACAAGGAUGAAACUAGUUAAAGUCGUCCGGGCAGCAUCGAAAAGACUCGCAGCCGGGCUGCGGGCAGCAAAAGAGCACCAGCUGCUCCUGGAAAUGGGGCCACAUUGUCACCGAGAACUCAUGAACAAAGCCGCGAGCAGGAGCAGAGACGAGCAGAGCCGGGCGCAGCGGGGUGAAGUGGAGGAAACGGAGAGGAUCAUCAGAGCAGGGUUGUGCAUUCCCGGGAGCCCAAUGUCCUACCACGACGAGAUCGCGAUGGCGGUGUGGCGAGCAUGUUCGGCAAAAACCGGCCCGCUGGCUACCUGUCCAACCUCCUUCCCAGCGUACACGGGCGCGUGGCCGAUGUGCGCAGCGGCCGACGACGGAGUCGCCCUCCGGAGAACAGACCACGCGUUCAUAGUCGACCCGCGCAACGGACUGCCAGACGGGUUAAAACGCGCUGCCUUCCCCGGCGGUGGGUACAUCGCUGCAGACUGGCCCUCGUCCCCAAGUGCCUCUCUAGCCAGCGCCGGCAUACGACACACCGGUAACCGCGUCGACAUGGACUUCGCAAAAGCAAACGCCACGAAGGCGUUCGCGCGACGCCUCGAAGCGACGGCGAAGCAGUCGCAUUUCUGGACAGCAGCGGACGGGAGGAAAGCAGCGGACGAACCAACAGAGGAGGACAUGAUCUGCGCGCCGGAGCGCCAAAUCUCGACGAGGAACAUAGCAAUCAACUCGGGCUGCAGGCACGGCAGAUGCGCCGACUGUGUAGCCGAGGGACGCGCCCUUCUUCCGGUCUCCCGGCCGCACAACGACAUAGUCCAUCCCUACUUCGCGUCGUUUCUAUCUGUCGAAAGCGUCCCAAAAUCCGGCAAGCCCGCCGGCAAGUGGUUCCCGAAGGCAGGAGACCGAGGCGCAAGGCCACAAGCCGCCGAUCCACCGGAUCCAGCAGCGCCGGUAUUUCUGUGGGUUCCGGCCGAGGCGGAAAGUCUCUUCUCUCCGGAAACGUGGCCGACCAAGAUGUGGAGGUGCACGCAGUGUGGCGAGGCAUCCGGGCACGCAAGCAUGAUGCUGGCGCACGUCGUGCUCUGCCGCAUAGGGCGGCUAGGGCGGCUGUCGGACACGGCACUAGCGAAGCUUACGGGCUGGGCCAGAGGGGAGCGAUCCGGCCUGAUCCGACAUGGUCGCCUGAUGGAACCGACGACAACUACCAGUUACGACCUUGCUGCUCUUCGUCUGAAUCUGUGCCACGCAAUACCCCCGGAGGACCGCGAAUGGUCAAAGAGCCGGCCGUUCAUCCUGCUUGUUCUCAACGCAUCUCGGGGCCUUGCCACGCAAUGGCCAUGCCUCGUACACGAAAUCCAAGCGUCGCAGGCGCUCGCGGUCGUCGUCUCCGAGGCCGAUAUCUUGACACCGGAUAUCCGCCCAAAGGUCCUGGACCUGCUCAACAUAACGCUCCGCGGUCGGUAUUUCAUCUGGCAGUCGGAAAGGUCGCUCGUGCUGGUUGCGCACAGCCUCCGCCCUGCAGCACACGCCAAGGUGCAAGCGCUACCUGGCGCGCCGACCCUAGUGGCGAUGCAGCUAGCCCACGACGACAUCGCAGGAGAGCUGGUGGCCGGGUACUUGCCGCCAGCAUCAACCGGCGACCGGGUCUCAUUGCGAGAGCAGCAGCAGGCCGUAGUGAAGUACUUGGAAGAAGCGGGGCCCAGCGUCUGCGCCCUAGCGGGGGAUCUCAACGUCAGCACCGGGGCAGUACUCGCGGAGCGCCCGAAGCGCAACGCCUUCCGGGACCAGAUUACAGCCGCUGCAGAGCCGGCCGGGCUUCGCCCUUGCCUGGAUCCGGGGGACGUUACCUUCCUCGCUGCAGACAGACAGCCCGACCUAGUCCUGCUCCGCCCCAGGGCCGCCUCCACGAAAAUCGUCACCACCAUCCAGACCCCCAAAUUCCUGCCGGCAAACGCCAACUCCCACGAACGAAUAGACUGCGAGCUGCGUCCCGCAGGCAGCCGGGAAGAGGAGGCGCGAGCCGCCCAGCCCCAGAAGCAGCUUCAGCCCGGCCUCGUCCGCCGAUUUGUCUACCAAUGGGCAAGCUUUCCACAGGACCUGCUCGACCGGGUACUUGCCCGAGCCCGCAAGGCCCUUGCCGAUCCGGAUCCGGACGAGGAGUUCACGAGCGCAUCUCUGGGCCGGAUCCUCCGCGCCGAAAACGCGCCGAAACGGAAAGCCCCGAUCCCCGCCGCGCACCUGACUCUCCUUCGCGGGGACGGAACCCUCUCACAAUCAACUGCAGAAUCCAUGGAGGAGUUCCGGUGCAGACUCCUAGAGGGCAAACCAGCCGGCCUGCGUCGCCCUCCAGAAGAGCAGCAAUUAUUGGAGGCUGAGAUCCGCGCCAUCAUCGACCGCGCCCCAGAUUGCCCGAUAGAAUGCACGCGAGACCUCGCAGCGAAGGCCCAGCGGAGACGAAACAAAUCCGCCGCGGCGGGACAAGACGGCGUGCCUGCGGGUUUGCUGCUCGCAAGUUUCUCCCUCUGUUGGGCCAUCUGCGCAGCCGUAUGCGCGGCGCUAAACAACUUCUCCGAGCCGCCAUGGAGCAAGCAAUACCUUAUCGCCUGGCUGUGGAAAAGCAGCAAGCAGGGAACUACGAAAUUCCUAAGCCGUUUCUGGCGGCCUAUCUCUCUUCUGAACGUGCAGGACAAAUUUUGCGAAGCAAUAAUCUACGAAAUCGGCCUACCGCUACUCAGCGAAUUCCAUGACAACACAGCCUUCCACAAAUCGUUAUCUCCUGCCGUCGGCAUUCUCCGCGCCCUACUCAUCGCCAUGCAGUCUUCGUCCAAAUAUGCCGCGUGCAUAAUAGGCGACAUUCAGGGCGGCUUCGAAAACUGCUCCAUGAAAGAGAUCGUAGAAGUUUUAGCAAGCAGGGGGGCAAGCAAGCAACUGCUUACGGCGGUGGUGCAUUGGAUGACGGGCAGAACCAUCCGGCUCCUGGUGGACGGUUGCAUGUCUGCCACGAUAGCCCUGGGAGAAGGCCUGGGGCAAGGCACGCUAUUGAGCCCGGGAUAUUUCCGUAUUGUCGUGGAGUCGUACCUGAACCAGCUCGGCCUCCGCUCAAACUUCCUGGAAGUGGUCACAGGCUAUUGCGACGACAUAGCGAUAUUCUGCACGGGCGAAACGGAGGCGGAAAUCAAGGAGAAGCUACGAGACCGCGGGAACAAGCUGCUGCGGAUGCCUUGGCCGGUGGCAGACUUCCGGAUAGCCGUCCUGAGGUCCCCGGCUCAUGCGAGCGGAGACGAGAAGGCCCUGGCCUCCUUCUUGCGCGGCUUCUCCGUCACGCUGGAGAACGGCCUGCGCCUCCAACCCCCAGAGAUCGAAGUCGUCCUAGACAGUGACGCCUCCACCGCGGUACGGGUCCGGGGCCAAGGGAAGCGCUACAACAAAGCGGCCUACGCGGCGGUGCUGGGUGUGCCACUAACAACCAGCGGCGAAGCCUGGCGCAGCCAUUUCGGCGAUCUCCAGCGCCGCGUUUUCGCCUCCUCCACGGACACCAGCUCAACAGACGACUUCUCCCCCCUCGAGGGGGUCGACCAUUUCCACCAGAAAAUCUAUAAUGUCCUCCAGUAUAUGUCGUCCGUGAAGUCCAUGCUGUGCCCAUCGGCCUUGGUAACUCUGGACGACAUGGCCGAGAAGGCUCUCCGCCGAAUCAUGAAGAUCAGCCCCACAGCACCGGCAUACUCUACUUUCCUUUCGGCGGGCGCAGUCGUCCCGUCAAGCGCAGCUCUAGCGGAGCGGACCGCGUUGUGCGCCCAGGCCAUAGGGUUGGACGACAAGAACUUCGCGCGCGACAUGACGGUGGGGGAGCUGUUCGACCUCCGGCGGCCGGGGUGGACCCAUUUAAACAUCAGCCACGAAAGACACCCUUCCGAACACCUGCCGGACGCGGUGCAAAUAACAAACGCGGCUGCCACUUUCGAGAAGUACGGCCUUCCCCACGCGAAGGCCAACACGCCGGAGGUCGCAAAAAUGCUGCGGGCCGACUUCGAGGCCCUGGAGCGGACACUGGGUCCGGGCCUCCUAUGGGUCGCGACCGAUAGUGGGGACGCCCCACCGACGCCGGGCGAGCCGCUGCGGAGCCCGAAAGAGCGGAUGGCAACAAUAGUGAUGCGCCGGGGGGGAGACGAGAAAGGCGAGAACAGUCUAGCUCUGCGGCUGCGACAUACCCUGGCCACGUUCUGGGGCGAAGCGGGCGCCCUCGGCGUCGCAGUCCUCCUGCUGUUCGAUUCCCUCGACGUCCCGCUGGCGGCCAUCAACGACCCGCGCAUAAAAGUCGUCGUCUUCCAAUGCGAUUCCAGUCCUUGCCUAGACAACCUGGCGUCAUCGAGAACGGAAGAGACAUGGGUGGCGCUACGCACUGCCCUCGUCCAAUUAAGCAGGGCGCUCCCGCACAUCAAGUUUGUCCUGCACUGGACUCCGGGCCACAGCUCAAUCUCCCCGCACACGGAGGCGGACACCUUACAAAAGGCGUCCCAACUCCCGUCCGACAGGCUCGAGCGGUACAUCGAGCUCCGUAUCCCCCUCCGCCAAGUUCGCAACUUCAUCCGCGCCUCUCUUCGAAAGGAAAUAGUAGAUGCGGUGCGUGCGCGGGGCGAAGUGUCGCAAACAGGAGCUAGCCGCGGCCUCAUCUCCGCAGAACUAGGGAACGCCCGGCCCUGGCUCCGCGGCCUCAGCUCCAAACAGCAAUGGAUAGCGUGGUCAAUCUGCAGCGGCGAUGGCCGACUCGCAGCCAAGGAGGCGGGCAGCAGUGCCGGAUCGUCGUGGAUUCGCUGCGGCCUGUGCAGCAAAAAGGUGUCAGCGACAACAGCUCUACCGGCGUCCCAGGGCGAUCCUGCCUUCUCCCAACAAGACCCGGAAGUAGUGCUUCAGCAAGACGACACAGAAUUCGGCGCGAUAGACAUAGCAUCCGCGGAACUAAAAGCGCAGCAGGACCGCGCCCCUGCGGACUACGCCAACGCCGCGACGCCUCCCGUGGCAGAAACGGCUGCUCCCGGCCCGGAACUAGAACAAGAUCAAAGCAAUGACGCGCCGGGAGACGUUACGGAGGAUGACGCAGCACGGGAAAGCCGUAGUGCGUCCGAUCGCCAUGUGUUGUUCAGCGGUUACGCAGUCCAUGUCCUCUCCCAGGAGUGUUCCGCGAUAAAAGAAUUUCUGGCAGACAACGACAUCGAAGCGACACCAAGCCACAAGGCCCUUCGAAAACCGGCCAACGCGAUCCGGGCCUUCUUGUCCUGCGUCGGGCCCCCCCCGCCCCCAGCGGGAGAGUGGCCAAUAGAGGCGGCCCAGAGAGAGAAGCGCGACGACAAGCCCCCCCCUCCAGCAGUGCAGAAGAACAUCGAGCGAGCAGCACGAGCGUACCACCUGAUGGUGGAAGCAAAGGCAAUGAACCCGCCGCCCCCAGCCUCUGCUACUCAGGACCCGUCUCCCGACCCCCGCCCGCGCGACUUCGUCCCGGACGAAGCGCACCGCUUCUACACUGCCGCCCCGGACGCCACUCAACCGGAAAUAGCGGACGGAGCCGCGGCAGCAAUUAGGGCCCUAGAGAUAGUUCAGCCGGACCGCCCGGCCCCGAAACCGGGCGCCCCGGGCCCCGCCCCGGCCCCUCCACAAAAGCCGCCGGUGCUGCUAUCGGGAUUCUUUCGUGACCAGACCCCCUUUCGCCACGAUCCCUGGUCCCACCUGCGUCGGCCGCCCCCCGCUCCCCAGUCCCCAGCCAUCACACGCAGUAGGAGCCCUCGCCUGAGAUACCGCCUUCCUACGCCCAUCCACAGCGCAUCAUCCUGCGCUGCAGCACGCAGCUUCUCACCUCCAGUCGAGGCCCCGGAGCUGUGCCUUCGUGCCCAGACGAUGCAAAUGCAGGUCGCGGAGUGGAGCGACGACGAGUCGAUGGGCACCGCAGCUGCCGCUGAAGAUUCCCGCCUUCCCGGGCAGCCGCUGAUUGAGAUCCCGCCGAAAGUAGAGAUACGCCUGGACCCGGUGACAGGGCUCCCCAUCGGUCCUUCUGACCCAGUAUUCUGGGAUCCGCUGGGGGAGCUCAGCGAGGACGCCUCGCAAGACCUCGAAAGCGGGCGGCACGUCUAACAAAAAUAAGCAGCUAAGGGCAGGCUUCAACGUAGAAGCGACAUGAGCUCGAAGCUGAGAGAAAAGGAGCCCCGCACACGAGCAUAAUCCCGCAACAACAUUAAGAUAGGCUUUUGGCGCCAUAGCGUGCUGCUUCGGCAAAAGUGCGCUCGACGCCGACGCACUAAAUAGCACCAGGUUAGAACAAAGUCAAAAGAAAGCUACUGUCGCCCGUCACCGCAAAAACUAACUUUAUCAUCGUCGUCGUCUGUCAUCGUCCUUUUCGUACCUGGCCUGCUAGGGCCCAGCCGGCAAACAUGUGGCUUUCGGAAAGCAGGCUGUAAUCGCACGACCAUGGCAAUGCUAAAAGCGUACGACUGUCACUUCUCGUCUUACUUUCGUUUACUUCGUAGUUCUGGUCUGCGUCUGUUUUUUUUGGUUUUCUGCUCCGGCCCCUUGCAUGACAUCUAAAAGUACAUAAUAGGGACGAAGGCGUGGUUGCCGCAUAGUUGCGGCCUAAGAGAGGACCGCGGGCCUGUGUUGUUGAUGGAGCCCACGCAUGACGAAGUAGAAGCCUCAUGAAAUAGUCUCUCUGUGUCCUCUUCCAAUAACAAAAUCACUAAGUCAGGAGCCGCAGGAGACUCGAGCCAGCGGAACGCGCUGCGGAGCCGCGCGACGAAUCGGUGAGCCAGCAAGCCGAGUCCACGGACUGUGCAUCCAAGAGCCGGAAGUGGGCUGAGAUCUGUCAGUCAACGUCGGUAGACUAUGCAUGUCAGUGCGAGUAUGUAUGGCUUCUCGCAGAUGUAGGGCAAGAUAGUCCCCGUUGUUUUCGCCUCAGUUAUCUCUCUUCUAUCUAUGACGCCUGCCUCGGUGCUACCAGCCACGUAGCUGAACGUGUCUCGAAGAGCCCACCUCCGUGUUUCUUCCUCAGCAUACGCACAGAGCCAGCGUCAGCCACCAGCUCGCCAUGAAGAUAGAUUCUAAGCCGUCCGCUGCGGUGCCGCUCAAUCAGUCCGCCUCACAACCCGCUCGCACUGUGCCGACGACUAUCGCGAGAUGCCCAGGGUCGUACACGUCUCUCUGGGUCCGAUCUCCGUGACAUACCGCUGCGGCCCACAACUCCAAGGUGUACGCGCACACUAACGGUAGCCGCCCGAUCAGUAGGUAGUGGAGGACUGUCCACGCCACCAAACCCGCCUCACCAGCCUACGACCGGCAAUUCGCAGCUGUCUUUCAUCUCCGCGGUUCUAUGGCAAAACCGACAGCUCGAUGCCCCUCCGCCCGGCGAGUGCCUCACGUCGCUCCUGCAGGGCCACCCGUCCCUCCGACUGCGCCGCGCCGGUACCUGCGUCUCGCGUGCUGCUGGACCACCAUCCUCCCGUUUCAUAUGCUGACGUUCUUCUGUGUAUCAAUCCGUCAGUUUCCCGCAUUCCGGCGCUCUCCAGCCAGUUCCAGUGUUGCGGUGGGGAUAAGCUUCAAGUAUCUUCCUUCUCAGUAACAGGCGCUCCCAGCUCGUCGUGCCGCAAGCUCACCAGCAAUUCCUCUUGGGUCGAGGCCUUUCCUCGGAGGUGGGGUUGGGCUUGGGGCGCCAGGCGUAUGGACGGCUUCGCAGCUACGUCGUGAUCGACAAACUGAGAUCGGCGAUUCUAGUUGUGUUGCUGGUCCUGUGCCAGUCGCGGGGCAUGUUCGGGUGUUCCGGGCAGUGCUUAGUGCACCCCUCGGACCCCGCACCCCCCCGGGCUUUAGUCGCGCAGUCUGUUAAGCAUGACAAAUCCCAACAUGACAAAUCAUUUCAACUUUGACGAUUUCAAACCUGACGCUUCCAUAAGCAGUACCCCGUGUGCGUGGAGGGCCCGGGCUGCAACGUGAAGAACGAGUUCAUCCGCGUGUUCGCGGACUACUCCGUCUACUCCUCGGGGAUCUGCAUGAUCUGGGAUCGCUUCUUCCCGGACACCGCGGGCGGCGCGUGGAACGGCCGCGACAUUGUCAACGACGGCAACGGGUGCUUGACCCUCACACUAGGCGAUCUCGGCUUCUUCGUGGACGGACGCCCCUCGUAUAUCUUCUCGUUGACCGAGGCCAGCACGUUCCCGCUCUCCAGGCUGGUAUCCAGGACGAAACUGUCUACCCUGGCGACGCUGGUACAAAGACGAAUUUUUGUUUUUUUUCUGCAGUUUCUGGCUCGCCUUGGCAGCUCGUACAGUGCCGAAGAAGCUUGUGCUAAAUUGAUUUUUUUCUGCAUAAUUCUAAUGAAUUAUUGAUUUCGAACACAAAAUCAAUCGAAGUCGAACUCGAAGCAAGAACGCUCUCCACGCGAGUGACUUAACAUUCGCCGCUAGUUCAAUGUGAUUUGUACACGUAAAUCUAAAAUCAAUCAUUCUCCCAUCUCCUCAGGUGAUGAUCCUCCUUUUGAAUUGGUUCCUGGUUUUCUGGGGAUACAAGCACGACGAGAAGGUGCGCAGCGACCAGCGUGCGGGCAUCAUUCCGUACACUGCGUUCCACUACGACGGCGACGGGAUCCACACGCCCCAGAACGCCAACGACCCGAUCGCCUACAAGUUCGCGGAUAGCCGGAACCAACUCUUCCUGAAGACGUACUGGAACGUGCUGAAGCGGGAGCACUUGGCGAUCGCCCCGAUCUUCUACCACGAGACUUUUACGCGGCCGCAGCGGCUGCUGUGUACCAUGGGGCUGAUCCAGGGGCUGAUGGCGAUCAACGCGAUGGUGUACGGCAUCCCGAACAAGUUUGCGUCCAGCGAGCAGUUCGUGAUCAGCGGGAUUUUAUCCUCCCUGCUGAUGUUCCCGGUGUACUGCGUGUUCCUGAUGAUGUUCACUUCGCGACCCAUGCCCGCGAAGCGACGCAUGAUCAAGAAGCGCCAGGUGGCUCGCGAGUUGGACUUGAUCAACGCCGAAAAGGAGAAGUUGAUCGCGCAGUCGCAGUUGCUUCCGAAGGACGCCGCACCCAUGCUGCCGAUCGGCGGUCUGGCCCAGCAACAGGAGUCGAUGGCGCUGUUGGCGCUGCCGCCGCCCAUUGCGGGGCCGGGUCCGGGCGCAAUGCUCGCGCUGCCCGGGCCGGGCGGGUUCUCCCAACCUCCGGCGCCAAAGUACCCGCCGCCGCCGGGGUACGCGAAGGCGCUGCCGCCACCGCAGGAGCUGCUGCCACCCAUCUACUUCGGACGCGCCGGCAUGCCGCAACUGCCCGCGCUGCCGUCGUUCACGCCGCAGCCGAAAACCUCCACCCCGCCGCAGACCGCGGCCGCACUAGGCGGCAUGCGGGCCAUCACGCCACGGGGGAGGGCGCCGCUGCCGCCACCGGCCAUCGGGCCGCCGGGGGAAGGACCCGGCACACCCAUGGCCGCGGAAGGCGCGCAUAACCUGACGCCAAACAGCGGAUUCAGCACGCCGUCACCCCUGCACGCACCAAGGGAAGGCAUGCACUUCAUGGUGCCGGCCUCGUCCAGCAGCAGCAGUUCGUCUUCUCGAGGUUUGUUGAGUGGCGGUAGUUCAAGUUCAUCUAGUUCGUCGUCCUCUUCGAGCAGGAGAAUAAAUCAAAACAACUUAACAUACCGAGAGGAACAACAGAACACGAGUGUCGACCCUCUUACGGUGCAGCAAUAUCCAGGCGUGCAACAGCCAGAGUCGUUCUGGAGCCCCGUGCGGUCCGGCGGAUUCCGGUACCACCCGAAUGAUGAGAGGAUAAGACAGGGAAAUGAUGUUGAGAACAGAUCCAGUAGUUCGUCCUCUGCUUCGUCCGAAGCCUCGGAAAGCCCACGGGUCGCCUCACCCGCCAUGAGUGCACGGGAAGCCGCGCACUCCGGCGACGAGUUCGAGGCCGAGGAAAGCAUUCCCGUGAACUGGUUCGAGGGGGACCAUGAAAUGAUGCCGCCACCACCGGGAGGAGCCGGGAGGCCCCCACCGCCCCCGAAACCGCCAGCGCUGAGUGGCAUGCCGAGUCACAAUCCAAAUGGAGGUAAAUUGAUUUUUUACAUUAUGCGUUUUUAGUACUAAGAGCGAACAAAAUCAAAAGCAACAAGUAGAAGAAUGCUGCUGUUUCUCGACGAAAAUGAACCAUUUUUCUAAGCGAUUUACUCGUAUGAUUUUUCACAAUAUCCCACUACAGCAAUGUUUGAGCCGAAAACGCCGACGUUGCCACCGCCGUCAACGCGAGGGUUCAUGCCCGGGACGCCGAAAGGGAUGCCGCCAGUGAUACCUUUCGGUACAAUGCGUCCGGACACCAUGAUUCAGCGAGGUCAGCCGCCAGCCUUCCACCAGCCCCCGUUCAAGAUGCCGCCGCCGCCCGGCAUGCCCCGGGGCCCCGGCAUGGCGGGUCCGGGAAUGGCAAUGGAGUUGGCACUCUCUCCCGCGGGCGGACUCCCGACGCCGGGAUCCAUGCUGCCGACGCCCGGACCCAUAUCACCCGGCGUACCGCUACCGCCGCCGCCGCCCCGGGAGGACGAUUCCGCGUUCGUCCGCAGGGUGCGGCUGAUCUACAUGGACCGGGUGAUGCGCGAACACCAGAAGCAGGAGCUGUUGGAACUAGACGCGGUGGGUAGACCAAUUCCCAACUGGAUCUUCAACUUGUCGGCCGUCAUGCCCUACGUCACCUGUGCGACCUUCAUUCUCGCAUCGAUCAUCAUCAUCCUUGUCUACGCCUUGAAGUUUGACUCCUGGCAGGAGGAAUACUGGUAUAGUACUUUUUAGUACCAUGGAUCAUUGUGCAAAGGGCGUCUUCUUCGCUUUUUUGUGCAGUAGUCGGUCGUCGCAUAAGAAAAAGAAAGGUUGCAUCAAUGAAAAUCGAAUGAGGAAAUCAACAAAAAAUGGAAACAGGUACUAUGCGAAUAUCAUCGGUUUCUGCGUGGUCGUGUUUCUUUUGGAUGUGAUCCGCAGUGCGGUGAUCACCAUCGUGGAGCUGCGCAAGUACGAAAUCCGCAAGCGCUCGCGGGCAGGCGACUUUGUGGUGCGCAAGGUGCAAAAGCAGGACGACAAGGAGGGCAUUCCGGCCAUUCUCAAGCCGAAGCCAAAGACCAAGGCAAAGCCAACUGCAGCGGUGCCGAAGGUCGCCCCGAAGUUCUCCAAUAUGGAAAGACCAAGAUUCUUGCCAGAGCCAGGUACAGAAAGCUUCAUGUCUUGUUCAGAAUGUAUGAGCGUGUAGUCUCUGCUGAUGUAAAGAAUUCAGGACUUGAUAGAACCUACUAUGACGGUGCGAUGCCUUGUUUUGUUCUUUGGCCGCAUGAAGAUGCCAUCGAGAUAAAACCUUUUUCGGAAACCGUUUUUCUUGAAAAUCAAAACAGAAAUGGCGGCAAGUGGCGGUCCCCCGGGUAUGGGAAGUAGUGCGCCGGGAAAUAGGACGCCUCCGGGUGCGCGAACUCCACCGCCCGGGGCGAAAACGCCGCCGAAGAUUCCGUUCGCGAUGGACGGCCGGUCACCGGGGAACAUAAGAGGGGACACUUCGCCGGCGGGAUCGCACACGUCCAACAUAAGUCAGAGCCUCAGCCAGAGUCUAGCGGCCAGGAGGGACGGCGCGGUAACACCGCCCGGCGGGCCCCGGCCUCCUCCGCCACCACCGAUGGGUGGCGGACCGCCGCGACCACCUGCGCCCCCACCAGCGGGCUGAGCCGCAGCGCAGUCGCGAUUGGGGAAAAAAUUAGUCUACCCACCUAAAAGAUCCAGCUUCAAAAAAUUCCUAGAAUGAUAUAGCACAAUAGAAGUGGUCUACGCACCGUAAAGAAACUGAAAUUGACAAUAGCAAGCGUCUGAUAAACGUCAAAAGUCCAAUAUGCGGUUGAAAGACUAAGCGUUCAAAGUAUCCACUACAGUUCUUCUACAAUACAAUAUGCACAAGUUCAUCAGGAAAUCUUCUACUACUUACUUACAAAAGUUCCAAGAAACCACAGACACUGUUAUUUGAUUCAUAGAUACUAGCAGAAAGCAAGGUAGAUUGAAACAGAAUCAGAAUCUCUCGAAAAGCCUAGACUCUCGAAAGGGAAGAAAGAAAGACUCUCUCGGUACACUUAGGAAUGUGACAAUAUGGCUUCAAAGAUGAGCACUACUCCUCGACGAAGGACCGCGAAAAUGUAAGAAUAGGACCCAUAAAUAGCUGUACUAAAGCAGUAGACACGUUUCAAAAACACUACUCUUACAUCACACAGAAGACCGCUUCAACUACUACUGGUUCCCGUAUUCAGGUGGAUGCAGUAGCUUUGUUGUGGUACUAGUGUCACUGCUACACGGUUUCAGCGUGCUCAGUGGAAGCAACGUUUCAGAAUUAAUAAUAGUUUCUAAUACAACCAAAUUGACUCGCUUCGUUUCCAGUUUAUCAAUUUGCUUCACUAAGAUCUCUGCAGUUGUGCGUGUAUGAAACUACGAAGCGCUUCUGUCGCUUCCGCCUGGAAGGCUCCCUCUUGCUAUCAAAUAGUCACCGAGACAUAACAAGAGGUGCGGGCUGUCCAGUUGGGGGCUCUGCGUCGGCGUUAGCGCUAACAUAGCUACUUAUCAUGCCGCACAAAGAUAGUGGUUUUCGAUACUGUAUUCACUGUACUAUGCAGUUCUACUCUACUCUGGAUAGUCAUAGUUAGGAAUUGAUUGCAUAAAUGUAGCAGUUCUAGCACUACAUCUUGAGCUUUCUUUACUCGCCUCGGUGCAUUGUGAAGAAGGUUUUGAAACCUUUUUGUGUACCUGCAUGCCUGCCAAAUCCAAAUCCGUGGACCUUUUAUUUGGGCUCCAUUGAGGUGUUAGCUAUC